CCCUUCUCGUUUCCCUUUGUGCCAUAUCUCUCGAAUCUCACUUCUUGGGGGAAAGACGUAAAGCUUGAGGCUUCUUAUCAACCGGAAAACUCUUCUUCGUGGCUCACUUUCAGCACCUCCCCACCUGCUAUUCACGGCGACGUCCCGAGCCACGGCGGCGCAACGCAUGUGAAUGUUACUUUGAAAGCAAUGAAUCCCAACUCGAAUGCAGUGUCGACAACGUCCCUCCACGUUUCAUUCGUGGCGUCGCCUUCAGCUCACCCUGGCGCCGCAGCAUCUCCGGGUCCCCAGACAAACGUGAAGCGCGUCAAGAUGGCGGUAGGUCUGACCCUAGGCAUUGUCGGAGGGUUCAUUCUUCUUUGCUGUCUCAUGGCCAUUAUUCGACGCUCGGUGGGAGAACAAGCGCAGGAAGGGAAAAUUCUUCCUGGGUCGCGGAGCAAGUUAAAGGAGUACGUCAUCGAUCAUCUUCAGGAUGGGCCAUAUGGCGGGCUCGAGAAAGAAAGGGAGCAUAAGCCUGCCAACGACAAACAGCUCCUUCCUGCUGCAUACGUGAGCGACCUUGACACUGAUCCGGAGUUCACCUCGGGAAAGCGGCCUGAGGCAGCCCAAACUUCCCCUCCCCGCCCUCCUGAGACCAAAAAGUCUCCCACCAUGUUGAAGCGUGACUUCUUUAAACCUGCCUCUCAUCACCCUUCCCGUGGAAACGUGCUGGGUUUUCCAGCUGCCUUCCGAAAAGUGUCCCCAUCUUCCAUAAAGAGUGCCAUCCAAGACAAGUUUAGUUCUUUGAAGAGACAGAGGCCCACAUUGCCUCUUAUAUCUCGACCUCUGCCUUUUACUCUGAAGCGAGUUCCGCCUCAACGGGCCCCAUCCAACCCCAACACGAGGCGCUCUCUCUCAAGCCGUAGUAACGACAGUCAUAAUCAUGCUCAACCCGGAUCCUCUCAGAGUGGGGCACAAUGGGAUUCUCAGCUGGCACUCCAUAAUGCUUUGGAUUCUGACAGAUCCUUCGAGGGCGUUGUUUCUUUGCCCUCGAGGGGACACACAAACAAUGAAGAAGGCAUUGUUGGCAUGAACUCACAUGUGUUUAUCAAGAAGGAGCGCUUCUCCCUGGAGUUUCCUGGAAUUGCGAACACUGUUUCUCACUCCAACCUCCCGUAUGAGCGUUCUUCUCCUCGCGGAUUCUCCCGGUCCGUCUCUGAUUAUGAGCGCACUGAUGGGAUGGAGCUGCGCCCCGACAUAUCCGAAGAAGCAGUUGUUUCGCGCGCCAUUUCUGUAAAAGUGGACAGGAACAGCGGCCCCACUGCGAGAAGAUACAGCUCUGCUGCUGCUGCGUUUGAAGAUACAAAGCGUAACACCCCGACCAGCUCUGAUCAAUUGCUUGUUUCUCAUCUUUUUGGGUAUUCGACUGGCGAACUUACAUUUUCCACGUCUGCACCAAGCAUUACCCGUCCAGGUCCAGCCGUUGUUAAGACCAAGACCCAUCUUCGGGAAACUCCCGCUCCCGAGAAUGGCGUGAGGAAGGUAUCCAACAAAGUGGAUGUACAGAGUCGAGUUAACGCGGGCCCCAGCGAUCUGGCGAGAUCAUCCCAGGCGCUACUCUAUGGAGAAGAUUCCUGGACGAAGUAUUGACGCAUCACACUGAUGAUUUGUCGGUGACUUUCACUGUUUGCUGUUCUGCCCGUCUGCGAAGCACGUAUAUAGAUUUGUGUCCUUCCUUUAAUGUGCGACCCAAGAGGUCUAAUAUGCUAUAGCUCAUAUACAGUGUGCGGCCUAUAGCCUAUUACUUGGU